GCAGUCAUAUAAAGACAAGGCUGUCGUAGGUGACUUGUCGUAUGCACAACUAGAACCUAGUCAUGAGAUCUCGAAACAUCCUAGCCACCGCAGCCUUGACGGCUAGCAUAUCAACUGUUCUAGGCAUUGGAACCAACGACCAGGUCGACGCUAACAUUGGCUACGGCACCUUCGAAGCACCCUCGGCCAACGUUCGUCCAAGAUUUCGAUACUGGGUUCCCGAUGCAUCAGUGAAUCUAAGCCAAGUGGCGGCAGAUAUAAAGGACGUCAAGCAAGUUGGUGCGGGUGGAGUUGAGCUGCUUGGAUACUACAACUACGGCGACACGACAUUCUUCAUAUCAGCGAUCCCUACAGACUGGACCAAAAAUGGCUGGGGAACACCGGCAUGGAGACAAUUGCAAGACACGGCUCUGAAAGCAACCAAAGACAACGAUCUUAUCAUCGACCUCGCCUUGGGACCAAACCAAGGUGCAGGAGUACCAGCUCCAUACAACUCCGAUGGCAUUCAAUGGGAUCUUCAGCCUUUCAAUGUCACCGUCCCGAUCGGAGGAAACUUUAACGACAUUCUUCCAGGAUGGGGGACUGGACCUUUGGUAUCCGCUUCGAUUGGACUGCUGACCAAAACCACAAACGAAACUACGGCGAUCUACAAGACCUUGUCCCAGCAAUCGAUGGUGGAUGUCACGAACAAAGUGAACACCGCUGGACGUUUGACAUAUCAAUUUCCUGCAGGAUCCGCUGGGGAAAGCUAUAUCGUCUUUGCUUACUAUCUCGUUCAUACUGGAUUUAUGGAGCAGCGGUCACCUUUGUCGGUCAUUCCAGGAGUUCCUCAGUCUCCUGUCACAAGUUAUGUACAGAAUGGUUCUUGGGUUGUAGACCAUUUCUCCACCAAGGGCGCCAAACUAGUAACCGACUUCUGGGAACAACAUCUGCUCAACGGUAGUGACACUGCUCAGUUACUUAAACAAGUAGGAAAUUACGUCUGGGAAGAUAGUCAAGAGUAUCCUGCGAAUAUCUUGUGGACUCCUGGCCUGGCUAGUAGCUUUCAGACAAGCCAUGGUUAUAGUGUCAACAAGUACUUGCCAAUCCUGCUCGCGGGAAAUUCUGGCUUCAGUACAUCAUUUGGAUCCUCGGUGAUCCCAAUCUAUUAUGUCACAGAUGAGAUUGAUUCUGGAGCCAGCCAUGUGGCAGACUACCGACAAACACUUACCAAUCUUAAUGCACAAUUCCUCCAGACUUUGACUAGCUGGGCUCACUCGAUCGGCGUGCAAUCAUCUACACAAGUCGUGUACAAUUUGCCGAUGGAUAUGCUUGCGAACAUUCCCGAUGUUGAUGCACCAGAGACAGAGACUCUCGGCUUCUCGCAUAACAUCGACUCUUACAGACAAUACGCUGGUCCUGCCAAUUUGGCAGGUAAACGCAUCAUCUCUUCUGAAGCAGGUGCGGUCCAGCUCAGUGCCUACCAGCAAACCAUCCCUGAGCUUCUUUGGGACCUCAAACGAUCCAUCGUUGGAGGAGUUAACAACUUCAUUCUACAUGGAUAUCCGUAUACAGGAAACUACCCCAACUCAACCUGGCCGUCAUGGACAACUUUUGGUUAUCGGUUCUCAGAGAUGCACAACCGUCAUCAGCCUGGCUGGGACUUCUACAGCGACUUCAUGAACUAUAUCUCCCGAGUGCAGUAUGUCUCCCAAUCUGGUGUGCCGAAGAGGGACAUUGUGUUCUGGCUCAAGGAUACGUCCUUCACCUCGGUACCUACUCGCUACUGGCCGACUGACUUGCAAAAUGCUGGAUACACUUAUGAGUAUCUCUCGCCCGAUGACUUUGAUCUUCCUGAUGCUCAAGUCUUGAAUGGUGUUCUUGCGCCAUCUCAUCAAUCGUUCAAAGCCAUUGUGGUCCGUGGAAAUGACACUUUGACCUCAUCGGGAGUUUCGAAGCUAGCUCAAUGGGCUCACCAAGGACUUCCAGUCGUCUUUUCUGGAGGUAUACCAUCGAACAUAUCUGGGACAAGUGGUGUUUCUUCAAGCUCAAUCAAGUCUACCCUGACUCAACUUCUGAGUUUGAAGAACGUGCACUCUGUACCCUUCACCAACCUUGCUCAAUCCCUCUCGUCCAUUGGUAUAACACCACGUACUGCUGUCUCAAAGGGACAGGCAUCGAACACGACAUGGUUCACCAAUUGGCGUGAAGACGUAAGCAUCUCUACAUCAUACGUUUUUAUCUACAAUGAUGCAACAGGACUACCAAGGGGGUCUGGAGCAUCGACUGGUAACAUCACUUUUGAAGCCAGCGGUACACCAUAUAUAUAUGAUGCUUGGACCGGCAACAAGACCCCUGUUUCCAGCUACCAACAAUGGCAAAAUACUACGACUAUUGCCAUCGCCUUGGCCGGAAACCAGACAACCAUCUUGGCUUUUGAACGAGGUUCGAAGCUCUCGAAAUCAUCAGUCCAUGUUGAGCACAGCUCAGGGCAAUUGAAGACAAUACCCGGUGCGAACUACAUUGUCAACUUUGGCCACAAGUCUUGCUCUGCGAAACUCUCAAACGGCAGUACCAUCACCGUGCCUUCUUCCGACUUCUCUCCGAUCGCGCUCAAGAACUGGACGUUGACAGUCGAGUCCUGGACCGCGCCUUCCAACAUGUACGAUGUUGAGGGUACUGUCAAGACCAAUUCGACAUUCACACUGAACUCGCUUGCCCCUUGGAACCAGAUCCCGAAUGCAAAUCUGAGCAAUGUGUCUGGACGUGGCUACUAUACCGUCUCUUUCACCUGGCCACCUGCUUCUUCGUCUGCAGCUACAGGCGCUCAGUUGAAUCUUGGAAGUAUCAUUCACACUGCACGAGCAUCGUUGAAUGGCUUCGCAUUGCCGCCACUUGAUGUCGCCGACGCAAAACCCGAUUUGACUCCUUACCUCAAAAAGGGCGUCAAUGAGCUACAAGUUGUUGUCGCGACACCAUAUGGAAAUGCUCUGAGACCUAUCUGGGCGAAUCUGAAGAGUUAUGGAGACGCGCCUAAUCUUUUGGCUGGAGUCACUCCACCGGUAGUUGCAGAGUAUGGGCUUGUGGGUGAUGUUUCUAUCGUUCCAUUUGUUGGUGUACGACUUUGAAGUGGAGAAGAAAUGUAAUAGGCAGGUGGGGUGUGCCAUGAGACGAAAAUGAUCGUCCCUUUCCAAUGUGGUUUUUUAAAUAUGAUCAAAUUUCCAUCGCG